CCCCCGUGCACGCUCCUGAUUCUGAGAAAGAACUCUAGUACAUGUGGGAAUCGAAACUCUUGUCCCACGACAGGUCAGUUUUGUUUAGACGUUAAUAUUGCCCCGUUCUCAGGGCACGACGGCGAGAUCAGAUCCGGCGAUCUGAGAAGCUUGCUCCAUCCCUUUGUCGUACGUAAUUCGCAAAGGGAGACUACACCGGAUAACUCACCAAAGUAAUGUGGCGUAUUAUGCGAUUUCGGGGUGCUUCGUUUGCGAAGGGUUUGCUGACUAGUUUGUUAUGCUUUGGUUGCGGUCUCUUGAUAUACAAUUCGCGAUCAGCAGGGAAAGUCCACACGGAAAAUCCAAAUGGAAAACGGGGCCAUCAUUUGGAAAAUCAGUUCAUGACAAACGCGACCUUAAUUGCUGGAAAUACAACACUGGAUGAUCAGGCCUUCCUGGUUAUAGGAUUACCCACAGUUCAACGCGCCAACGCCAGCUAUUUACUCAACACCCUUCAAGGCCUGGUGGACGGCCUAGACAAGCAAGACAAAAACCAAGUACUGAUUGUCGUGUUUGUAGCAGACCUCAACAACCCUCAACAGGCCGAGGACGUGGCACAUAACAUUAGCGAGAAAUUCCCUUCAGAACUGGCCUCUGGCUUGAUUCAAGUGAUCACGGCACCCGCCUCGUAUUACCCACCGCUUACAGGUCUACCACUGCUCUACGGCGACUCCCAGAGCCGUGUGUACUGGCGCUCGAAACAAUGCAUCGACUACGCCUUCUUAUUCGGCUACGCAGGAAGCCUGGGCCGGUAUUACAUGCAGUUGGAAGAUGACGUCAUCUCCCAAAAGGGGUACUUUAAAGCAACAAAGGAAUUUAUCACGGAGAAUGAGAAGAAAGAGUGGUUGUUUCUAGAGAUGGGGUUCGCAGGGUUCAUCGGGAUGGUGUUCAAGAGUGCGGACACAAGGCGUCUAUCUGUUUUCUUUAAAAUGUACUACUGGGUUUACCCCAUUGACUGGUUGUUUCGGCAAUUCGCUACCUUUGAGUUGUACGGGAAUCCUUCAUGGGCGAGACACCAGGCCCCAAUGUUUAUCCACAUUGGUAAGGUAUCUUCCCUAAAAGGGCAGGUUAGACCACUGGCGGGCUACGAAAAGAUCGCAGCAUCAAAAACGAGGACGAGAAAAAGGUUCCACUCGCAUAAAAACCCGCCAGCAGUUCUAAGCACAACUAUGGCCGACACCGUCGACAAUGUAGAUAUCAACACGGCUUAUCAUCAGGAGCUGAACUCGAGGUUUUGGGCGAAGACUGUCCGAAUAGGUGACUCCAUCACUAUUGUAUUCAACAAGACAUUAAAACUACGAAAAGUCGUUUUCGUCUCAGGUAUAACUGUAGCCCCAGAAGACACGUUUGGUGCUGUUCGACUAGAAACUAGUCAUGCAAUCAAUGCUAACGACACAUGUUUGGAUUUUUCAAAAUGGAAAGAGUUCAGCGGCACAGCGACGAUCUGCGCUGGAAUGUCUAGAGAUCAGGCGAUUGAGAGCAAGUGUUUAAGACUUUCGAUUACCAAGUUAAACGUAGAUAGUCAUAAUAUGAUUCGUUGGUUGGCCAUCCAAGAGAUUGCCGUGUGGGCCUGGUAGGAGAGGAGUGCCUUUGAGGUACAUAAGAUAAUGACUCCCUAUGACAAACAGUAGGCGGAGGUGAUAUAGUCAUUUACCUUAGACAGGUGCCAAGCAAAACGUGAGGGGGACUCCCUGUGACAAACAUUAGACAGAGGUGAGGUACUUAAGAUGAUGACUACCUAUGACAAACAUUAGACGGAGGUGAGGUACAUUAGAUAAUGAAUCGCUAUGACAAACAGCAGACGGAGGUGAUAUAGUCCUCUUUCCCUUAGACAGGUGCCAAGCGAAUCUGAGGGGGGAGGGGGUGCGACUCCCUAUGUAAAACAUUAGACUAUGAGUAGGAUAAAGAGAUUUAGCCAUUGCCUCAGAGCGGAGAUGCUCGAUAACACAGAUUAGAUAAUCGCAUGUAUGUCAAGGAUUUACUCUCCAUAUUUUAUGGGAAAGCUAUUAUAUCCUACCUGGUUUAGGGUGAGAUAACAUAAAAUCAACAAAUCCAUGCUCAA